GACCUGCCUCUUGCAUGUAUUCCGAAUGGGCAAGUUCCCCGAGGACGACCGGUACAUCCCCACAGUAUUCGACGCAUGGGUGGCGGACAUGGAGGUCAACAACCAGCCGGUCGAGCUGGCGCUCUGGGAUACCGCUGGGCAGGAGGAAUUCGACCGGCUGCGGUUCCUCUGCUACCCAGACGCAUCAGUUGUGGUGAUUUGCUUCAGCGUGGACACGCCCGACUCGCUCGACAACGUGGAGGACAAGUGGUAUGCCGAGUCGUCGGUGCAGGCCGCCGGCGCGCCCGUCAUCCUGGUCGCGCUUAAGCUGGAUCUGCGCCAUGAUCAGCGCACCAUUAACGAGCUGGCCAGGUACAGCCAGCACCCGGUCACUAUGGCUGAGGGCCAGCGCAUGGCCGAGAGGAUUGGUGCUGUGGCCUACAUUGAGUGCUCGUCGAUUCAGAACCUCAACGUCAGGCAGGUGUUUGAGUUUGCCGCCCGGGCGGCUGUCGUGCCCAAGGGAAAGAGGCGGAUGGGCGACUCGGCCAGCUCCAACUGCUGCGUGAUCCUGUAAGCCCCGUUGUCCUUUUGUUUAUUUAUUGUCUACAUAAUCGAAAUGUUCCCCUUUCAAUAAUACUGCGCGUCUAUAUUCGGAA